AUGACACAGUCCAAGUCAGCAUCUCCCAACGAGCCCAUCGCCAUCAUCGGCAGUGGCUGCCGCUUUCCAGGCCAGAGCAGUUCGCCCUCGAAGCUGUGGCAGCUCCUCUUGAAACCGCGGGAUCUUCGCAAAGAGAUCCCUGUUGACCGCUUCAACUCCAAGGCAUUCUACCACCCCGACCAUAACCACCACGGUACCAGCAAUGUUUUGCACUCGUACCUUCUCGAUGAGGACCACCGCGCGUUUGAUGCGCAGUUCUUCAGCAUCAAGCCUGCCGAGGCGCACUGUAUGGAUCCGCAGCAUCGUAUUCUCCUCGAGACGGUCUACGAAUCGAUUGAAUCGGCCGGAUUGCGCAUGGAGGACCUCAAGGGAUCCGACACUGCUGUGUAUGUCGGUCUCAUGUACGCAGACUAUGGGGACAUGCUGUUGCGUGAUCCAGAGUCGUUCCCAACGUAUGUUUCCACUGGGACAACGCGCAGUAUCCUCUCCAAUAGGGUCUCCUAUUUCUUCGACUGGCAUGGCCCGUCUAUGACGAUUGACACGGCGUGUUCGUCAAGUCUUGUUGCCGUCCAUGAAGCCGUCCAGCUUCUCCGGUCUGGCCGCUCUAGAGUCGCUGUCGCCGCCGGGGCAAAUCUUUGUAUACUCCCAGAGCCGUACAUCGCGGAAAGCAAACUGCAGAUGCUCUCACCAACCGGCCAGAGUCGUAUGUGGGAUAGCAAGGCGAACGGAUACGCGCGGGGUGAGGGUAUCGCAGCGGUUGUCCUAAAGACAUUGCGAGAUGCUCUAGCAGACGGCGAUCAUAUCGAGUGUCUGGUGCGCGAGACAGGCAUAAACCAAGACGGUCGCACCAAAGGUAUCACUAUGCCCAGCGCACUGGCGCAGACGGCUCUUAUUCGGGACACCUACACCAGAGCCGGGUUGGACCUGCAGCGGCCUGAGGACCGCCCUCAAUAUUUCGAAGCACAUGGAACCGGCACGCCAACAGGUGAUCCUCUGGAAGCAGAAGCCAUACACAAGGCCUUCUCGCAAGCCGGCUGCGACGGACACCUUUACGUUGGCUCUAUAAAAACAGUCAUUGGUCACACCGAGGGGACGGCCGGGGUGGCAGGGCUGUUAAAGGCAUCGAUGGCGCUGCAAAACGCAAUAGUCCCAGCCAACAUGCUUUUUGACGAGCUCAACCCCAACAUCGCUCCGUUCUAUACCAACCUUGAAAUAGCCACAAGUGCCCAGCCGUGGCCGAAUCUCGCCCCCGGUGUUCCGCGACGAGCCAGUGUGAACAGCUUCGGAUUCGGAGGGACAAACGCCCAUGCGAUCGUUGAGGCGUACACCCCCGAGCCAGAAUCCCAGGUAGAGAGCGAUGUAGCAUUCGUUCCAUUCCUGUUCUCUGCAGCCUCUGACAAGUCCCUCGAGCGGUCCUUGGCCGCAUACGCCACCUAUUUAGAGGAGCACGAAUCCGUCAGCAUGAGAGACCUGGCAUGGAGUCUCCAUUCCCGCAGAUCCCGUUUCCCGACCGUCGCUGCCGUUUCGGGCACAACGCGGGAACGGCUAUUGGAAAGCUUGCGUGCAAAGCUUGACCCCUCUGAAGCGGCGAAGUCUGCGUCCCAGCCGCAGCAGAUCUCCCGCGUAAAGGAACCCAAGAUCCUCGGCGUCUUUACCGGGCAAGGUGCGCAAUGGGCCACUAUGGGCCGGGAACUGUGGCAGCAUUCGCCGAAGGUUCGCGAGAUAAUCAAAUCUCUGGACGACGCAUUGCAAAGCCUCCCAUCUGGGGAUCGCCCCGACUGGACACUGUCCGCCGAAUUAAUGGCAGAUGCCGCCGACUCCCGAAUUGCAUCCGCGGAGGUAUCACAGCCCAUGUGCACUGCAGUUCAGCUGGUCCUUUUGCAGCUCCUGCAUGCAGCAGGGGUAUCGCUUCACGCAGUUGUCGGCCAUUCAUCCGGCGAGAUUGCCGCUGCCCAUGCAGCGGGCUUUCUGUCAGCCACAGACGCAAUCCGCAUCGCGUACUACCGUGGUAUGUGCUCGCGAUAUGCGCAAGGCCCGAAUGGCGAGAAAGGUGCGAUGUUGGCAGUUGGCACAUCUCUGGCCGAUGCAGAGGAGCUGUGCGGAGAGCCCGAGUUUGAGGGUCGAAUUACGGUCGCCGCGGUCAACUCAGCCACCAGUGUGACGCUCUCCGGCGACGCCGAUGUUAUCGUUUUGGCCAAGGAAGUUCUGGAUGAGGAGAACAAGUUUGCUCGACUGCUUGUUGUUGAUAAGGCCUACCAUUCCCACCACAUGGUCUCAGCAUCAGACCGAUAUCUCGCAUUGUUGCAGAAUGUGCAAAUGUCUAUCCACCAGCCUUCUGACACCGCGCCUCGUUGGUACUCGAGCGUAACUGGUAACGAGGUGACGUGGGAUCAGGCCGAAAAUCUCGCUGCCGCCUAUUGGAAUGACAACCUAGUCAAUCGGGUACGAUACACCGAUGCCGUGGAGUGCGCCGUAGAGAGCAAUGGCCCGUUCGAUAUCACCGUUGAACUGGGUCCGCACCCUGCACUUCGCGGUCCAACGCUGCAAAACCUCCAGGACCUUGGCCAACCCUCUCCAGUUUACACGCCUACGCUUCGACGCGGUGCGAAUGGAGUGGAGGCGAUGGCAGACUGCCUGGGCGCUCUAUGGCAGACUCUUCCAAUAGCUUCCCUCGACCUCGCCCAAUAUGAUACUUUCGUCCGCGACGACGACACUAAGCCAAAGCUGCUGAAAGACCUGCCGUCGUACGCUUGGGACCACGAUCAAGUUUAUUGGUACGAACCCCGGGUGUGGAAAGCAACAAGGAGCAGGAAGAUGCCAUCGCAUCCUCUACUUGGUGUCCAAUGUCCUGAUGGCGUUGAACAAGAGUUCCGCUGGCGCAACUUCUUAACUCCUCGUGAGCUACCGUGGCUGCUAGACCAUCGGAUUCAGGGGCAGAUAGUCUUCCCCGGCGCCGGCUAUGUGUGCGCGGCCGUUGAAGCAGCCAAGGCAAUGUCUUCUUCCGAUGCAGUCUCAAUCCGACUGGUUGAACUGCUGGAUAUCGCUAUCCCACAGGCUUUGGUCUUCACCAACGAGAGCGCCUCCGUGGAGACCUUGGUCUCAAUCACGAACAUCGUUCACGAGCACAAGGGCUCGAACAAUAUGUUAACGGCUAAUUUCGCUUUCUACUCCGCUGUUGGCAGAGAGUCGACUGUCAUGACGCGCAACGCCGCCGGUCGGCUUAGGGUUACAUACGGUGAACCAUCGGUACAUGCCUUGCCGAAACAACGUCCGUCCCUGGCCGGCGACAUGGUCGAUGUUCCCAGUGAGAGGUUCUAUAAUUCGCUCGAGUCCCUUGGGUAUGGCUACACCGGGCCCUUCCGAGCCCUGACAAAUUUGAGGCGGAAGCAUGGUGUUACAACAGGCUCCAUACUGCAACAGCCAAGUCAGGAGACAGAGUCUUUGACGAUCCGACCAGCCACGCUUGACGCCGCCAUCCAGACCGUUCUUCUCGCCAGGAGCUUCCCCGGUGAUGGUGAACUAUGGCGUCUGCAAGUCCCCAGGGGUGUUCGCCGGAUUGUAGUGAAUCCCAUGUUGUGCGAGGUCGCAGAUGCGUCUGUCGAGACCGCUUUUCCCGCCGACUGCGUCCUGGCUCAGGCAGACGGUGUGGAAACCGAGGGGGACAUUGACAUCUAUUCGCCUGAUGGACAAUAUACCAUGGCACGCAUUGAAGGGAUGCAGGCUGUCCCAGUUGAGGCCGCGACUGCUGAGACUGACCGGCCAUUUUUCAGCGGCGUUGUCUGGAGGCAUGUCUCUCCUGAUGACGAGGCGGCUCCUUUCCUGGGCCGAGCCACGGCAGAUAACUAUGAACUGGCGUAUGUUAUGGAACGAGUCGCAGCUUUCUAUCUCAAACAAUUGCAUCUGAGUUUCCCAGAUGAUGACGCCGCCCGUCACAAAGGCCCAUACAUCGGUCUUCUAAAUUUCGCAUCUCAUAUUACAAAGACAGUGGCUGCUGGCGAGCAUCGAUACGCACGACCAGAAUGGGUGGAAGAUAGCCAGGACUUGAUCAUGCGCGAGAGCCAGAGGUUCCCGGAAAACGUGGAUCUUGCUCUUAUGCACAUUAUCGCAGAGCACAUUGUCGAUGCGGUCCGCGGAGACUCGCACAUCCUGGAACAUCUUACCAAGAAUAACAUGCUGGCUAGGUAUUACGAAGAGGCCAUGGGCAUGCGGUACUAUAUCGAGCAUCUCGGCAGAGUGGUCGGGCUUUUGGGACACAGGUACCCGCAUAUGAAAAUUCUAGAGAUUGGUGAGAUCUGCUUGGUACUUACCCUGGCGCAAAUGAUGGAAACUGACUUGACUCCAGGAGCCGGCACCGGUGCAGCGACCAAGCAAGCUUUGAACAACCUGGGUGGGAGCUUCUCCAGCUACACCUUCACCGAUAUAUCCAGCGGAUUUUUUGACAAUGCCCGCGAGCUGUUCGGCUUGCAGGACAAGAUGCGUUUUCAGGUCCUCGAUAUUGAGAAAGACCUUAUCUCACAGGAAUUCCCAGAGCAUUCGUACGACCUUGUAAUUGCAUCAUUUGUCCUUCAUGCAACUUCAACUCUCAAAUCCAGUCUCAACAACGUUCGCCGCCUGCUGAAGCCCGGUGGGUAUCUGAUUUUGCUUGAAGUGUCGAACCCGGACGUGGCCCGUCUAGGGUAUAUUUUCGGGUCUUUGCCAGGCUGGUGGCUAGGCGCUGAAGACGGUCGGGUCCUUUCGCCUUGCGUGACGAACGCAGAGUGGGAUCGUCUAUUGCGCGAAACAGGGUUCUCAGGCAUCGACACCGUCACGUCGGACGUUGACUCAUUGCCAUUUCCAGCGUCCACGAUUGUGUCCCAGGCACUCGACUCCACCGUUGAGUUCCUCCGCGACCCUCCACGGGCUGGGUCAACACCAAGACUUCUCGAUAAUGCGACAGUGGAGAUUGCCGUCCUAGGCGGCGUGUCCGAGCGCAUGAAGGCUGUGCGCGAGGAAAUCCUGCAUCAGCUGACACUGCGCUUUGGUUCAGUCUCUGCUGUCGAUAGUUUAGAGGAUCUGCAAUCCAACCCUGAGCUCAUUCCUUCGGGAGCAUUGACACUAAAUCUUUCCGACUUGGACGCGCCAAUUUUCAAGGACCUGACGACAGCCUCAUUGGCCGGGAUCAAACUGCUGUAUGAGCAAUCACGCUACGUACUCUGGGUGACGGAAGAUUCUCGUGGCGGUAACGCCUAUCAUCAUCAAAGUCUCGGGCUGGGACGCUCAAUGGCUGUUGAGAUUCGCCAUGUCCAGUCCCAGUUCCUUGAUCUCGAUGUUGUCACCACAAAAAGCGCAAGUACUAUUAUCAGUGCGCUGUUGCGCUUUCUUUUAGUGAACGUGUCAGAAUCCUCGGAUCGUGCCCAGGAACUAUUAUGGUCCACCGAGCCAGAGCUGGCCAUCGUUCAAGGCAAGGAAAUGAUUCCUCGAGUCAAGCUCAAUCACGACGCCAACACCCGGUAUAACGCCACACGGCGCCCUAUCUCGGAGCCGAUCAAUAUCCGAGCAGGUAAUGGGGUGAUCGAGGUGGCGCGGACGAGCAGCGGGCGGUAUUCCGUCGUCCAGUCUUCGAUCCCGAGCCCUGCUUCAACGCUGGCUGUCGCUGGGAAGAAGAGAAUCCGCGUAGAUACGUCGUCGUUGAAUCCCAUCCCAUUGACGGGGAAUGACUCUCUUUACCUUUUUGCCGGUAUCAUACUAUCGACCAGGGAGAAGGUCAUGGGCUUUGCUACCACCAGUGCUUCAAUUGUGGAUGUUCCCGACACCUGGAUCAUGCCAGUGGAGGGCGACGUCGGUCCCUCGCUAAGUGAUGCGCUGUCGCAUAUUCUUAUACGUUCCAUCCUCACUCUCGUGAGCGACGGGGGCGUUUUGAUAGUAAUUGGGGAGCAUCAACCGCUGACCGAGAUGUUGCAGCGACAUGCCUCCAUCCGCGGAAUCCGAGUCAUCUUCAUCGCAUCUGGGGAAGCUCCAGGCAUAAAGCCAAUGAUGCCAUCGGCUCAAGUGACUUUUCAUCCGCAGGCACACAUCCGUACCAUAAGAAAUGCCCUGCCUAGCAUUCCGGUCUCAGUGUUGGACAUGGGUCUUGACAGUGGCGAAGGUGGCAUUCUUUGGGGCCAACUUCGCUCAGCGCUGCAUCCAGACUCUACCUUUGAGAAAUUGAGCGCAAUCCUGGAUCGGCCAGUCCGGUACACUUCGUCAGAUGUGGCAGCUCAAGUCAUCCGCGCCAUGUCUUCACUCCAGAGAUGCCAGGCUUCGGCGACACCUGCUGACAGCCAAAUUAAGGACCUGACAAUCCAGGAAGUGCCAGGUUUACCUGCAGACUCCCAGUCACCGCUCCAACUUAUUGACUGGACACGUCCUGAAACAGUGACUGCACUGGCGAGAUCGGUCGGCGAGUACCCACUUAUCAAAAGUGACAAAACAUACUGGCUUGUUGGCCUAACCGGUUCGCUGGGACUUUCCCUGUGUCGCUGGCUGGUACAACAUGGCGCCCGUAACAUUGUAUUGACAAGCCGUAAUCCAAACAUUGACGGUGAAGCCCUGAUGGAAAUUGUCGGCUGUUCUGGAGCAAGGGUUGAGAUAUAUCCCGGCGACGUGACCGACCCCACCAGUCUCCGGGCAGUUUAUGAUCGAAUCAACUCCACGCUCCCUUCGAUCGCUGGUGUAGCUCAAGGUGCGAUGGUUCUGGACGACACACUGAUUAAGGACAUGGACAUAUCAUCCAUGGAGCGCGUCAUGAGGCCCAAAGUAACAGGCAGCAUUCACCUGGAUGCUCUCUUCUCACCCUCUCCGACACACGCUCCCCUGCCCCUGGAUUUCUUUAUCUUCUUUUCCUCCGCCACUUGCAUCACUGGCAACAUCGGACAAUCCAACUAUGCCGCGGCAAAUAUGUUCAUGGCUUCGAUGGCAGCCAAUCGCCGUCGGCGGGGGCUCGCAGGGUCCGUCAUCCAUAUUGGCGCAAUCAUGGGGGUCGGCUACGUGACUCGCGAAACGACAGAAGCCUUGCAACGGAAUCUGCAGAAAAGUGGGCAUGUCUGGAUGUCGGAGGGAGAUUUCCACGCUGUGUUUGCCGAGGGCAUCCUCGCCGGGUAUCCAGAGACGCAUGCAGACUUCGGAGGGGGCCAUGGUUGGGAGAACGGCGAAAUCAUCUGUGGCCUGCGACUGACCGAAACCACCGACGAGCAAAGACCGCUCUGGACGUAUAACCCGCAGUUCCAUCACCUGGUUCAGAGCGCUUCAAAUACCUCGUCGUCGGAUGAAGACAGUGCCCUGAAUAAGCAUAUCUCGCUCAAGUCCCAGCUCCAAGAUGUCAGGACGUCUGAGCAACUUUUCGACAUUGUCAAGAAUUCCUUCCUCAGAAAGCUUCGCAUCUUGCUGGGUAUCUCGCCAUCAGAGACAAGCGCAUCGGAGCAGCAAAAUGUAGUUGAGAGAGUGGCGGAGGAACUCGGUAUCGACUCCUUGAAUAUCGUGGAGAUUCGCUCAUGGUUCCUCAAAGAACUAAAGGCAGAUAUUCCCGUGCUAAGGAUCUUGGGAGGAGCCACAAUUGGCGAUAUUAUCCGCUUUGCGUUGGAGAAGGUGCCGAGUGAGCUGGUGCCGAACCUCGUCUCUGAGGUGGUGGAGGAUAGUGUUGUGCAGCAAGGCAAGGCGGCGACCGUGACUGUUGCUGCUUGA